AGGGGAACCUGGCCGACGUGAAGAAGCAGCUGCAGGAGGAGAUGCUGAGGAGGGUCGACGCCGAGAACCGUCUGCAGACCCUCAAGGAGGAGCUGGAGUUCCAGAAGAACAUCUACAACGAGGAGCAGCGUGAGACCAGGAUGCGUCACGAGUCGCGUCUGGUGGAGUUGGACGGCGGCCGACAGAGAGACUUCGAGUCCAAACUGCAGGAGGCUCUGGUCGAACUCAGAGCCCAACACGAGGAGCAGGUCCGAAUGUACAAAGAGGAGCUGGAGAAAACCUACACCGCCAAGCUGGAGAACGCUCGUGAGUCGGCCAACAGGAACAGUCACCUGGUGGGAGCCGCUCAGGAGGAGCUGCACCAAACCAGGAUCAGGAUGGAAGGAAUGUCCGAGCAACUCAGCCUGCUCCAGAAACAGUUGUCCCAGUCGGAGGCGAAGGUGCGUGAUCUGGAGGAGUGUCUGGGUCGGGAGAGGGACAUGAUGAGGAGGCGUCUGGAGGAGAAGGAGAGGCAGAUGGCCGAGCUGACGGCGAGGAUGCAGCAGCAGCUCGACGAGUACCAGGAGCUGCUGGACAUCAAGCUCGCCCUGGACAUGGAGAUCAACGCCUACAGGAAACUUCUGGAGGGCGAGGAGGAGCGCCUGAGCCUGUCCCCGAGUCCGUCCUCUGCCAAAGUGACCGUGAGCAGGACGUCCGGCUCUGGGCACAGCCGGGUUCUCUACGCCCAGAGCUCCUCCAGCGCCAAGGCGGUGUCCAGCAGCCGCAACUCCUCCGGCACCCACGCCACCGACGGCAGCAGCAGCCGCAACUCCUCCGGGACCCACGCCGCCUCCGCCCAGGCCACGUCCACCACCCAGGUGGCGUCCAGCAGCAGGACCUCCUCCGGCGCCAGCGCCAAGAGGAAGCGCGUGGACCUGGACUCAGAGAGCGCCAGCACGGUCACCAAAACCCGGGUGAGCCAGGGCGCCUCUGCCAGCGGCCGGGUCACCGUGGACGAGGUGGAUCUGGAGGGAAAGUUCAUCCGCCUCAGCAACAAGUCUGACGAGGAUCAGUCGAUGGGCGGCUGGCAGCUCAAGAAUCAGGCAGGAGGGGGCGCUGUGCUCGCCUACAAGUUUCCUCACAAGUUCACCCUGAAGGCCGGAGCCACUGUCACGGUGUGGGCGGCGUCAGGCGGCGGGACCCACAGCCCCCCCACAGACCUGGUGUGGAAGAGUCAGGACUCGUGGAGCACCGGAGACCUGCUGAUGACCACCCUGAUCAACAACAACGGAGAGGACUUGGCCUCGAGGAAAGUGAACAUAGUCGUGAUGGACGACGACGAAGAUUCGACCGGUCACAGUGAGUAUAACCUGCGCAGUCGUACGGUGAUCUGCGACGCCUGCGGGCAGCCGUCAGAAAGGGGCGGAGCCUGUGGCGGCGGCGGCCUCCCGGAGGGACUCGGCGGACACUCCUUCCUCAUGGGACACGAGCAGGGCCGUGUGAAGCCUGAGAGCUGCUCCAUCAUGUAGGACUCUCCUCUGGACUCUCCUCUGGACUCUCCUCUGGACUCUCCUCUGGACCCUCCUCUGGACUCUCCUCUGGACUCUCCUCUGGACUCUCUCUCUGGACUCUCCUCUGGACCCUCCUCUGGACCCUCCUCUGGACUCUCCUCUGGACUCUCCUCUGGACUCUCCUCUGGACCCUCCUCUGGACUCUCCUCUGGACUCUCCUCUGGACUCUCCUCUGGACUCUCCUCUGGACCCUCCUCUGGACCCUCCUCUGGUGUCUCCUCUGGACUCUCCUCUGGACCCUCCUCUGGACUCUCCUCUGGACUCUCCU